AUGAGUGACUGGGACAACAGCGAUGAAUUCAUUCAGCGACUGGAUUUUUCCAGUUGUGGUGAAGAGAGUGAAGACAGGAGCAUACAGGAGGAAGAUGAUGCCCUGAGCUCGAGCCCUGCCAGGAGCUAUAACUUCCAGAAGUGUCAGGGGAGCAGUCCUCUGCCAGCAACCCCUCAGAGAAAGCUGAGUGAGAUUUUCCUGAGCAGGACGAAGCCCUGGGUGAGUCCCACCCUGAAGUCUUCCCCGGCCCUGAGUAGGAGCCGGGGCAAUGCUGAGACCCCCCUGCACAUCACUUGGAACAAGCUGCAGCUAUGUGACAGCCCGUACACUCCCAAGAGCCUGUUAUCAAAGACAGCUUUUCCUUCAUCUGUGACAAAAGUCCCACCCAAAGGCUUCCGACAUCUGACACUUCCUCCUGGUGCUGACUUGGAUGACUCCACCCAAGCUCCUCUUGUCAACAUCAAUCCCUUUACACCAGAGUCCUAUCGACAAACGCUCUUUCUUCCUAAUGGCAAGCAGAAGUCCCGAGGAGAGGUGAGGGAUCCUGAUCCAAGAAGCCAGAUUAACCAUGAGCUAUCUACAAAGAGAUAUCCUCUGAAAGAGAGCAAUAUGGUUUCCCGCUACAAAAAGGAGUUCCUGGAGCUAGAAAAAAUUGGUGUGGGGGAAUUUGGCUCUGUCUACAAGUGCAUCAAACGCCUUGAUGGAUGCGUUUAUGCCAUCAAGCGCUCCAAAAGGCCUCUGGCAGGAUCCUCGGAUGAGCAGCUGGCACUGCGUGAAGUUUAUGCUCACGCUGUCCUGGGACACCACCCCCAUGUUGUGCGCUACUACUCGGCGUGGGCAGAGGACGAUCACAUGAUUAUCCAAAACGAACACUGCAAUGGUGGGAGUCUCCAAGAUGCACUGCAGGAAAACGCCAAGCUUGGCCAGUAUUUCUCAGAAACAGAGCUGAAAGAAAUAUUGUUACAAGUCUCCACGGGGCUAAAAUACAUCCACAACUCUGGCCUUGUGCAUCUGGAUAUCAAGCCCAGUAACGUCUUCAUCUGUCACAAGCUGGCAGUUGCAGGCCCUGCUGGGCAGGAUGAGAGUGACAGUGAAGAUGAAUUCUCUUCUGGUGUGGUGUAUAAGAUUGGUGACCUUGGCCAUGUGACAUCGAUAACCAACCCCCAGGUGGAGGAAGGAGACAGACGUUUUUUGGCCAAUGAGAUCUUGCAAGAGCAAUACUGCUAUUUGCCGAAGGCAGACAUCUUUGCCCUGGCGCUCACAGUAGCUCUAGCAGCCGGCACGGCACCCCUGCCUCACAACGGGGCCAUGUGGCACCACAUCCGCAGAGGCAAUAUCCCACCGAUCCCCCAGCAGCUUUCUCAGAGCUUUCUUGAGCUCCUGGAGCUCAUGAUCCAUCCUGACCCAGCAGAAAGACCUUCUGCCACAGCUCUUACUAAACAUCCAGUUCUCUGUCCUUCACGUGGAAAAGCUGUGCAGCUCCAGAAGCAGCUAAAUGUGGAAAAGUGCAAGACUGCCAUGCUGGAAAGGGAACUUAAAGCAGCCCGCCUUGCCCAGACCCUCAGGAAGGACCAGCCCUUAGGAAGUGCCAAGUUGCAAGAGUCUGAAACCUCUUCUAAGCAGAAGAGCAACCGGCUGGUGGGAGGGAAGAGCUGUCGGUCAUUUAGCUUUACUUUGGGUUACUGA